UGUAAAAGUUCAUCCUUCAUCCACGACAUAAUGACAUCCCUUUCAAACAAACUGCACUUCAACCAAUUCAUUUCAUCUCUAGUCUUCUUCCUCCUUGUUGUCAUCAUCCUUGAUCUCGUUUGUUCAUCCACUGCUUCUGUUUCCUCUGUAACUUCUCCUUUCGUUCACACUAACAAUAAGGUUAAGGCAGCAGAAGAAAGAAAGGAAGUAAAGGCUCUUCUAAAAUGGAAAACCAACCUUCACAGUAAAAGCCAGUCUUUAUUGUCUUCUUGGGUUGGAAGCAAUCCUUGCAAUUGGGUCGGAAUAAAUUGUGACAAUAAGUCUGGAAGCAUCACCCAUCUAAACCUUUCAAGUCACAGUUUGAAAGGUACACUUCACAAUCUAAGCUUUCAAUCUUUCCCCAAUCUACUCAGUGUUGACCUUUCUCACAACUCACUAUUUGGAACCAUCCCCUCAAAUAUUGUUCACCUCUCUAAACUCUCGAUUCUAAACCUUUCUUAUAAUCAAUUCACUGGGAGAAUUCCUUCUGAAAUAGGCCAAUUGACAAGUCUUCACGUCUUUUACCUUGCUGCAAAUCGUAUGAGUGGCCUUAUCCCUCAAGAAUUAGGAGGGCUAACUUCUUUGAGUGAACUUGAUUUAUCAUCAAAUAAUCUCACAGGUACCAUCCCUGCUUCUCUUGGAAACUUAAGCAACCUAACCACUCUAUAUAUUUAUAUGAACCAACUUUCUGGUUCCAUCCCUCAAGAAUUAGGAAUGUUAAGUUCUCUUACUGACCUUGAGCUAUCAAUAAACAGUCUCACAGGUACCAUUCCUGCUUCUCUUGGAAACUUAAGCAACCUAACCACUCUAUAUCUUCAUACGAACCAACUUUCUGGUUCCAUCCCUCAAGAAUUAGGAAUCUUAAGUUCUCUUACUGACCUUGAUCUAUCAAUAAACUGUCUCACAGGUACCAUUCCUGCUUCUCUUGGAAACUUAAGCAAUCUAACCAGUCUAUAUCUUCAUACAAACCAACUUUCUGGUUCCAUCCCUCAAGAAUUAGGAAUGUUAAGUUUUCUGACUGACCUUAAGUUAUCAAUAAACAGUCUCACAGGUACCAUUCCUAAUUAG